AUGGCCUCCACCAAGGGCGACGAAGAUGUCACCACAACCAGCAUUCCAUCAACUCCACCCAGCGAGAUCGAGAGCAAAGACUCGCAAACCGAAUACCAAGCCAAGCUCGAGAAAAAGAUAAUGCGAAAGAUCGAUUUCUGGCUCGUGGGAUUUUACUCCAUUGUAUACAUCUUCCGCGUGAUCGACUCGAACAAUUACUCCAACGCCGCGAUCAUCAACCUGGAAGCCGGCACCGGUAUCAAAAAAGAGUUGGGUCUCAGCGCCUCGCAAUGGGCGUGGAGUCAGUCUAUUUUCUCGUACAGCUACCUCAUCUUCGAGCCGUCAAAUACCAUUCUCCUCAAAUAUUUCAGGCCUUCAAGAUGGAUGUUCGUCCUGAUCUUGUCUUGGGGUGUCUGUGCAUGCGCAGCCGGUGCUGCGCAGGACUUCCCGGGGAUGAUGUGCGUGCGGUUUGCGAUUGGCCUCGCUGAAGCUGGGUUCUAUCCGGCUGUGCUGUACCACAUGGCGUUUUGGUAUAAGCCUUCUGAGAUGCGCUGGAGGAUUGCGCUGUUUUAUUCUCUUGGUCAGGUUUCUGGUGCGUUGAGUGGGUUGCUGGCGUAUGCUAUCAGCUUCAUGAAUGGGGCCGGUGGGCUUUCGGGCUGGCGGUGGUUGUUUAUCCUUGAAGGUCUUCCAGCCAUCUUGCUUGCUGUUGUUGCGUUGUUUGGUCUACCGGAUUACCCCGAGACUGCGCGAAUGCUGACAGAAGGAGAGCGGGAAUUCCUCAAAGACCGGUUGUCUUCUGCUUCGCCGUCUGGCAAGGAUAAAAACUGGAGUUGGGCUGAUGUCAAGGCGUUACUUUCGAGCCCGACCUUGUAUACGUUCACGAUCUAUUGGAUUGGACAUGGUAUUGGCGGAUUCGGGGUUAACUAUGCUUUGCCUACUGUUAUUUACGAGCUCGGGUUCACUUCGACGGCUUUGUCGCAGUUGAUGAAUAUUCCUCCUUAUGUCGCAUGUUUCUUCUUCUUGAAUACUCUCGGAUUCUUACUACACAAAGGUUGGAUCAGGUCCUGGACCACUGCAGUCGCAAUCGAAAGCACAAUCAUCAUCUGCUAUAUCAUCCUGAUCACGGUUUCAAACUCAAUCGUCAAGUACCUUGCCCUUAUUGUCGCCACUGCCUGCGCUGGCUCGGCAUAUCCUGUCAUCUGGCCAGAGCGGAUUCGUGCGCUUGAGGGCACAGUGGCCGUUGGCAUCGGCAUUGGAAUGACGAAUGCCAUGGCUCAAUUCAGUGGAAUUGUCGGUCCUCAUGUAUAUAGUACGGUGUUUGGUCCGACGUAUCGUGUGUCGUACGUUAUCUGUCUUUGCUUCCUUUGUGCAGCUAUCUCGGGCAUCUUAGCCUCGUGGUGGCUCGUUUGGCGAAAGGAUAGAAGGGAGGAACUGGCUAGAGUUGCGCAUGAGGAAACUCCAUGA